UCCCGGCCGCGGGAAGCGGGAGUGGGCACACUCGGCACGGCAGGGCACAGCCAGGGCUGCCCGCAGCACCCCGGCAUGGCCCCGUCCCGCGUGGGGAACCGGCUCUCCCCGUGGGGACCCCACUCCUGAGAGCCGCCCAGGUCUGCAGGUCUGGCGGGCACAACAUGGCCACUCCAGUGAGGAUAUUCCCAGUUUCCCUGUGGACACCGACGCCGGCUCCCUGGCCAGGAGGGAACACCACAGCAGCACCCGAGGCUAAGUGUGUCUUCAACGAGGAGUUCAAGUUCAUCCUGCUGCCCAUCUCCUAUGGCAUCGUCUUCGUGGUGGGGCUGCCCCUCAACUCCUGGGCCCUGUGGAUGUUCAUCUGCAGGAUGAGGCCCUGGAAUGCCACCACCACCUACAUGGUCAACCUGGCCCUCUCAGACAUGCUCUACGUCCUGUCCCUGCCCACCCUGGUCUAUUAUUACGCCGACCGCAACAAUUGGCCUUUCGGGAUGGGGCUGUGCAAGAUCGUGCGGUUCCUCUUCUACGCCAACCUCUACAGCAGCAUCCUCUUCCUCACCUGCAUCAGCGUGCACCGCUACAUGGGCAUCUGCCACCCCAUCCGCUCCCUCAAGUGGGUGAAGACCAAGCACGCCCGCAUCAUCUGCGUGGCCUCCUGGCUCGUGGUCAUCAUCUGCCUCAUCCCCAACCUCAUCUUCGUCACCACCAGCUCCAAGGGCAACACCACCCUGUGCCACGACACCACCAAGCCCGAGGAUUUCGACCACUACGUGCACUACAGCUCCUCCGUCAUGGCCCUGCUCUUCGGGGUGCCCUUCCUGGUCAUCGUCCUGUGCUACUGCCUGAUGGCCAAGCGGCUCUGCAAGUCCAGCUUCUCCAGCCCCGGCCUCCGCAUGCCCUCCUACAAGAGGCGCUCCAUCAGGAUGAUCAUCGUGGUGCUUGCCGUCUUCGCCAUCUGCUUCGUGCCCUUCCACAUCACCCGCACCCUCUACUACACCUCCCGCUACUUCCAGGCCGACUGCCGGACCCUCAACAUCAUCAACUUCAGCUACAAGAUCACGCGGCCGCUGGCCAGCAUCAACAGCUGCCUGGAUCCCAUCCUGUACUUCAUGGCUGGGGACAAGUACCGGGGCCGGCUGCGCCGCGGGGCCGCCCAGCGCCUCCGGCCCGUGCCCACGCUGGACCUGGUCCUGGUGUCACCCUUCACGGACAACGUCACGGACGGCAGCCACAUCUCCCAUGUCACCCGAGGGACCGGCACCGCACGCGGUGGAGGCGGGUGCUGAGGGGGUUCCGUAGCCUCAGCCCUGGGCUCCAGG